UUUCGGCGUUCCGCGUGAUCCAAGCCGUGACGGCGCCGAAGCCGAACUGCCGAGCCAUCGUGCCUAGGGUGCUUGGUCUCAAGGCAACUGCACCAUUGAAAAAAUAUAAUUGUUUUGUCGUCAAUUACCUCUGAAACAAUUCACAAGCUUCGCAUUUAUCCCUGAAAUGAGUUUAGAAUUUCUAAAUUAUGCCCAACGCUUCGCUUAUUGUGUGUGGAAUCCGUUUUUAUGGUAAAUAAAAGUACCAAAAAUGAUGUGGCACGAAGCUCGAAAACAGGAGAAGAAGAUUCGUGGUAUGAUAGUCGACUACCAUCGAAGGGCUGAAAGAAGAAGAGAUUAUUAUGAAAAGAUUAAAGCAGAUCCAACUCAAUUUCUUCAGAUCCAUGGCCGCCCUUGUAAGAUACACUUGGAUCCUGCAGUUGCAGCUGCUGGAGACAGUCCAGCUAUUAUGAUGCCAUGGCAGGGUCAAACUGACACAUUAAUUGAUAGGUUUGAUGUCCGAGCUCACCUUGACUUCAUCACUCCAUUCCAAAGCGAUGAUGAUGAUUCUGUAUCAGCUGAAGAACGCCAAGCUAACUAUGAACGAUAUCGCAUUCUUGUUCAAAAUGAAUUUUUGGGAGUACCAGAAGAGAAGUUUCUAAGACAACUGUAUUUGGAAGAGCAAUUUGGACCUGUCGGUGGACAACAAUCUAAAGAGCCCCCACCUAAUCCUGAUAAGAAAGGGAAAAAGGUGCCAGGAGCGGCAAUUGGAUAUGUCUAUGAAGAUGAUGGUGCAGGACCAGCAUUGCCUCCUCCUAUCCCCAUUAUAUCUACCACUCCUGCAAAGUCAGAAAAAGAUGAUGCCAAGGUUGAUGAAAAUGCUGAUGAGGAUGAAGAGGAUAGUGAUGUUGACUUUGAUAUGUGUUUGGACAUAAGUAAAAUUGAUACAAAGCAAGCUCAUGAGAUGAACCGUUGUGGUCUUGGCUAUGGCAUGAGUGGCAAUGACUUUUUUAGCUUUUUGACUGAUGAUUUUGAGGAACAGGAAGCACUUAAGGUAGCCAGAGAACAGGAAGAGGAAAAGGCAAUGUUUGCAGGUAGAAAAUCUCGCAGGGAGAGGCGGGCAUUUCGUGAAAAGAAACUUGUCGGGCGGAAAAUUAGCCCUCCCAGCUAUGCUACACGUUCAAGUCCAACCUAUGAUCCAUAUCGCAUGUCGCCAAAUUCUAGAUCAAAGUCUAAAUCUCAGAGCAGGUCCCGCUCAACAUCUCCUGCCAAUGCAGGUGUCAUUCAGUACAUUACUUGUUUUGGUGAUGAGGAAGAUGGCAGUGCAGCGGGAGUAUCUGUAGACAAGCAAAUGAAUAAGACAGUAACCAAGGAACCAAUCAAAAGAAUAGUCAAAAGGUCUCAUUCUUCGUCAUCAGAUCACUCUACUUCAAGGAGGUUGAGGAGAAGAUCUAAAUCCAGGUCAAGAUCGAGGUCUAGCUCUCGAUCCAGAUCUCGAACGAAGGUCAGGCGUAGAAGAAGAUCUACUUCCAGGUCAUCUAGGUCAUAUUCCCGAUCUCGUUCGAGAUCGAGAUCAAGAUCCCGCAGACGGUCUUCUUCUGGAUCAUCUGAUGAUAGCCGCUAUUAUUCCAGAAGGUCUCGAUCUAGAAAUAGGUCACAUAGUACCAAGAGGUAUAGAAGCUGCUCAUCUAGGUCUAGAAGUCCAUCAAGAUCUCGAAAGAGAAGUCGAAGUGGUAGUUAUAGGAAUUCACGAUCUCCAAGGCCAGCAGGAAAGAAAAAUACUGUGACACUUCAACAGGCUCAACCUCAGCAACCAGUUCAAAGAUAUUAUGGUCGACGCAAGGGUGAUGCAUCCUCAUCAGAUCUGGAAGCUUCAGAUACUGAGGACUCUUCUAAUCUGUCUGGAGGGGUAGGGGCUUCAGUGGGACAUACCCUUGACAAGAAUAAUCGGUCUGGAUCUGGUAAUUCUCGACCUGCAGCCAAAGUAUCAAGUGCCAAUUGCACACCAACUUCUACAAAAAUGACACCUCAAGAGAGGCUUAAAAAGAAAAUGCAGGCCCUUCUUAAUAGGCAAUACAAAGCUGAUAAAAAAGCUGAGAAAGCUCGUUUGGAAAAAGCUGAGCAAGAGCGGAAUGAUAGGAAAGAAGAACUUCGUGAAUUGGCUCUGAAGAUGCGGAGGAGAGAACGUCAGAAACGGCAUAAAAUGAGGGAUGGGGAUGACAGUGAUAGUGAUUUGGAAGACCGAAGUCAAUGGAGCACUGAUGAUUCGGAUUCUGAAAGUGAUAAAAGUUCUCCUGUUCGAUCUUCAAGACGCUCUCAUUCCCAGUCACCAGACCGCAACAGGGCAUCUGAAUCAAAGCACAACAAAUGGGAUGUUCCCAAUCGGAGCACCAUGGAUGACAAGAGAAGUCAGAGAGAUGAUUCAAGAAAAGAGGACCGCCUUAAAAAAGAAGAAAAUUAUCGGAGGCAAGAUUCAAGCUCUUUUAAAAAGGAUGACAGUUAUUAUCGUGAUGAUAGCAGUAGUAGUUAUCGCCGCGACGAUGACAGCUAUUACAGAGAGGGCUCUGGUUACCGAAGAGAUACUACAGCGAAUUAUAGAAGAGAUGAUUCCAACUCUUACAAGAGAGAUGAAACUCAUGGUGGACCAAGUCGAUCUGAUACUUACAACCGAAGGGAUAUGGGAAAUAAAAGAUAUGAAAAUGAAAGUUAUCGAAGCAGAGAAGACAAUCAUUCUCGUGGACCUGGUAGAGGAGAAUGGAACCGGAGAGAGGACAAUCACUCUAGAGCACGAUAUGGAAGUCAGCGUCGUGAAGAUGAUCAACAUGCUUAUGAAGAAAGACGAAGUGAUUCAACAAGGCCCAAGCUUGUUGAUUACUAGUUUACUUCAAUCUAUCAUACCAGCAACAAUUAGUUACUAUUAACCAUCACAUAUUCUUUUGAGCGUGCACUAUACAAAAUUGUAAGUGACUGUAUCUAGUACAUGAACAUCAUUAUUCUGCAACUCCAAUCCUCCUGCUCUUUUGCCACAGACACUGCCAAUUGAAUUGUUUGUCAAUAUUUGCCCAUGAAUUUAUUGUACAUUUCUUUGUUUGUUGUAUCAGUAGUUCUAUACUGUGAUGUUUUCUUUGUUUUUAAAUGAGAGGUUUUUGGUACAUUUGUUUCAAGUGCGUG